GUUAGUGAGGGGGAGUUGGUGGAAGGUGGGGCACAGCACCACUACUAAAGCCACGGAGGGUUGACGUGAAGGAAGCAGAAGCUUUAAGAAAAGUGAGGAGCACUGAGGAGGAGAGGAGAAAGAAUCAGCCACGAUGCCGGAGCCGGUCAAAAAAACAAUCUCGGCAUUUACCAGGAAACCAAAGAGUCAGGAGGCAGUGGAAGGUUCUUCUGUGCUUUUUGAAGCUGAGACGGAGAAGCCUGACGCAAAAGUCAGAUGGCAGUGCAGCACUAAGGACAUUACGAGCGGUGACAAAUUUGUGAUCACAGCCAAGGGCAACAAGCACGCCCUCACCAUUAAUGCCAUUACCCAGGGUGAUGCUAAUGUCUAUGCAGUAAUUGCCGGCGGGUCAAAGGUGAAGUUUGAGCUGAAGGUCAAACAAACACCAGAAAUUACCAGUAAGGCUGAACCUGAUGGAUGCAAGGAGCCCAGUAAAACAGAAGAACAGGAAGCACCUGCAAUAGAACCAGCUGCAAUAGAACCAGCUGCAACAGAACCAGCUGCAACAGAACCAGCUGCAACUGAACCAGCAGCAGGACAGGAUGUGAAAGGAUCAGCCAAAAAUGGCCCUUCGGCUGAAGACGAACAGCCUGCAGACACUCGACAGGACCUGACAGGUCUCUUCGUGGAGAAGCCCCAGAGUGGAGAAGUCACUGAAGGUGGAAACAUCACGUUUGUGGCUAAAGUGAGCGCAACGUCAUUACUGAAGAAACCUACGGUCAAGUGGUUCAAAGGGAAGUGGAUGGACCUGGCCAGCAAGUCUGGGAAACACCUGCAGCUCAAGGAGUCGUUUGACCGCAACACUAAGACUCACACCUUUGAGAUGCACAUCAUCGCUGCCAAAGCCAACUUUGCAGGAGGCUACAGAUGUGAGGUGUCAUCCAAAGACAAGUUCGACAGCUGCAACUUUGACCUGGCUGUACAUGAGGCCGGAGCACCUCAGGGUUUCGACAUUAGAGCAGCAUUCAGACGCACGAGUGAGUCUGGUGCCAAGAAGAGAAGUGGACCAUCAACAAGUAGCACAGACGGAAAAGAAGAUUCUGGAGAGCUGGAUUUCAGCACCUUAUUGAAAAAGAGAGACAGUUUCUUAAAAUCCUCCAAUCGGGCGGUGCAGGUGAGCACAGAGCCUGACUUGGACGUGUGGGACAUCCUUCGCCACGCUCCCGCCUCGUCGUACGAAAAGAUUGCUUUUCAGUACGGCAUAACUGAUUUAAGAGGCAUGCUGAAGAGGCUGAAGAAGAUGAAGAAAGAGGAGAAGAAAAGUGAAGCUUUCCUGAAGAAAUUGGAUCCUGCCUACCAAGUGACAAAAGGUCAUAAAAUAAAACUGGCUAUAGAGGUUGCCAAUCCUGAUGUAGAGGUGAAAUGGAGAAAGAAUGGUCAGGACAUCCAGCCAACGGGAAGCAAGUACAUUUUUGAGAGUGUUGGAAACAUGCGCUACCUCACAAUCAACCACUGCUCCCUGGCAGACGAUGCAGCUUAUUGUUGUGUGGUGGGUGAGGAGAAGUGCACCACUGAGCUCUUCGUUAAAGAGCCUCCUGUCCUGAUCGUGAAGAACCUGGAGGAUCAGAUGGUCAUGAACGGAGAACGUGUGGAGUUGGAGUGUGAAGUUUCAGAGGAAGGAGCCAACGUUAAAUGGGAGAAAGACGGUGUGGAACUGACAAGAGACGAGUCCUUCAAGUACCGCUUCAAAAAGGACGGCUGCAAACACUUCCUGAUCAUUAACGAAGCCUCCAAAGAGGACUGCGGCCACUACAAAGUGAAGACUAACGGCGGAGAGUCCAUGGCUGAGCUCAUGGUUCAGGAAAAACAACUGGAGGUGUACCAGAGCAUUGCAGACCUCACGGUAAAGGCCAAGGAUCAGGCCGUUUUCAAAUGUGAAGUUUCUGACGAGAACGUGCGAGGAACUUGGUUUAAGAACGGUGUGGAAGUCCAGCCCAAUGCCAGAAUAAAUAUCACACAUAUUGGAAGGAACCAUAAACUGACCAUUGAUGAGGUCAAACCAGAGGACGAGGGCGACUACACUUUUGUACCAGAUGGUUAUGCUUUCAACCUUUCUGCCAAACUCAACUUCUUGGAGGUGAAGAUUGAUUUCGUGCCGCGUCAAGAUCCUCCUAAAAUCCACCUGGACUGUCUGGGUCGUACUGCCGAGUCCACUAUAAUAGUAGUGGCUGGGAACAAACUACGACUGGACGUCCCCAUCACUGGAGACCCCGCCCCCACGGUGGUGUGGACUAAAGCAGAGAAGGCUAGUUCUGUUAAAGCUGAAGGCGAGGAGAAGGAAGGGAAGACCACCUCUUGGAUCGUGACAGAUGGGAAGGUGAUAUCGGAGGGAGAUGGGAGGGUCCAUGUUGAGACCACCAAGGGCCACUGUAUCUUCACCAUCGAAGGGGCGGAGCGGCAGGACGAAGGAGUCUACUCUGUGGUGGUGCGAAACCCUGCUGGAGAAGACACUGCUGAUAUCAACGUCAAAGUUGUCGAUGUUCCAGAUCCUCCUCAAGCUCCCAGGAUCCUCAGCAUGGGAGAAGACUCCUGUGUUGUGCAGUGGGAUCCCCCUGCAUUUGACGGUGGACAUCCAAUCAUUGGAUACGUCGUGGAGAGGAAGAAAACGAGGAGCUACAGGUGGAUGAGGCUGAACUUUGACCCCUACCCAGACACAACCUAUGAAGCCAAGAGGAUGAUUGAAGGCGUGCAGUAUGAGAUGAGAGUGUACGCCGUCAACAGCAUUGGCAUGUCACGUCACAGCCCUGCCUCUCAACCGUUCGUGCCGGUCGCUCCUACGAGUCAGCCGAUUGGACUGUGCGUGGACGACCUCAGUGACACUUCCAUCUCGCUGAAGUGGAGACCACCGGAGAGGAUCGGAUCAUCUGAACUAAUGGGUUAUGGGGUUGAGUACUGCAAGGAGGGCUCUGAUGAAUGGAUUCCAGCCAUGGAAGGUCUGACUGACAAGACGUCAAUAAAAAUCCGGGACCUGACCACAGGAGAGAAGCUGCAGUUCCGUGUCCGUGCCUACAACAUGGCUGGACCCAGUUCUCCCACCUGUUUGACUCAGCCGGUCACUAUCAGAGAGAUCAUGCAACGGCCUAAGAUCUUAAUCCCCAGACAUCUGCGCCAGACGAUCAUCAAGAGAGUUGGUGAGACUGUCAAUCUCAUGAUUCCAUUCCAGGGUAAACCCAGGCCCAUAGUCACCUGGAGCAAAGACGGGGAGCCUUUAAACCCGUCAUCAGUCAACGUCAGAAACAGCGAAGUAGAUACAAUCCUCUUCAUCCGUAAAACGGACAGACAGCAUUCUGGAAAGUAUGAACUAAAGGUGCAGAUUGAGAACGUAGAGGACACAGGCUGUGUCAACCUUCAGAUCGUCGACCUUCCAAGUCCACCAGAGGCGCUGAAAAUCGCAGAUAUCUGGGGCUUCAACGUGGCCCUGGAGUGGAAACCUCCGAAAGACAAUGGAAACUGUGAAAUCACUGGGUACACCAUUCAGAAGGCCGAGAAAAAAACCAUGGAGUGGUUCACAGUGUACGAACAGUACAGACGAGCCAACUGCAUUGCCUCCGACCUCAUCAUGGGCAACGAAUACGUCUUCAGAGUCUUCUCCGCAAACCUGGUGGGCCUCAGCCUGGAAGCCUGCAACACCAAGGACAGUGCUUUCAUUCAGAAAAAAGGUAUUGAAUACAAGCCGCCAUCAUACAAGGACCCCGACUUUGCGGAAGCCCCCAAGUUCACACACCCUUUAGUGAACCGUUCCGUCAUAGCAGGAUACAGCGCCACCCUCAGCUGCUCAGUCAGGGGUAUCCCAAAGCCCAAAGUGACCUGGUACAAAAACAAAAUGGACAUCUCGAACGAAGUCAAGUACCGGAUGCUGAGCAAACAAGGCGUCCUCACACUGGAGAUCCGUAAACCCUGUCCAUUUGAUGGAGGGGUUUACAUGUGCAAAGCAGUCAACGAGAGUGGAGAAGACAUAGUGGAGUGUAAACUGGAGGUUCGACCUCAAAUUGCUAGAGAGGAAAAGAAAAGUGAAAAGUGAGAGUCUGGAGGUGAUGACUGAAGAUCAACAUAAUGUGCCCAGUAAUAUGAAUCCUGAAUGUUGACAGUUGUGUGUCUCUACACUCCUCACCAGUAUCUUCGUCUGAUUGUGUGUUUGCAACCCAUCCCUGGUGCACCCUCAACCCACAUCAUGUCAUGUUCACUCAUACACUGUGUUUCCCUCAGUGAACGUCCGAGGGUCAUAAAUACAUUGCAUCUAUCAAAAAUCACACAUUUAAUUUAUUUGUAACUCUAUAUUGGCGUGAAUAUGGAUCAUAGAAAGUAGCGCUAUUUUUUUUUUGUUUUUUGUGUUAUACAUGGUUUACAACUGUUUUGUGUGAUCAUUGCUGUGCAUAAAAAUGUCUAAAACACCACAA